AUGGAUAACGAUGGCAUAAUACGCAAUUACAACGCGAAUCACUUCCUCGCACCUCUUGGAGAUAUCACAACAGCUGCCGAUGAAGGUACGAACAACGAAGUUUCAUUCACGAGCUUAGUUAAGCAUAUACCUCUCCAUCGAAUUUCUCGAGAUGAGUUGAAGGAAGCCAAGCCCGUCCGUUACGCCGAUGAUUCUGAAUUGGAAAGAAUCUUUAGCUGGCCCGAAACAUACACAAGAGAACAUCAGAUUGCUGAUCUGUCUUGGCACGACGAGGCAGAAUAUGUGAUGACGGUAGACGACUUCUUUGACCGUGCCCCAUCCACCAACAGCUGCUUGGUGUCUGCAAGUCAAAAGAAGUCUUCAGAUUCUUUGAAUAUUGGCAAUGGCAAAACCUUUGAUACAUUUACUUGUUUUCCGCGUCUCGCGCCAGAAUUGCGCUUGAAGAUUUGGAGAAUUAUGGCCUUUAUGCCUCGGGUUGUUGUCUUGCAAGAGCGCACAGUUCACAAUGCAGCACAAAAAAGAUCAGUCUGUAUACAAACAACAAACACUGCUGCCAAAGUACUCCAAAUUAAUCACGAAUCUCGCAAGGAAGCUUUAAAGUUUCACAAGCCCUGUUUUGGACUUCGCGUACAUGACUCUGAAAUAACAGAAUUUUCCGACCACGAAGCUGUCGUCAAUGAUCUCAUGAUUCAUGCAAAUCUUCCAGCAGACACAAUAUAUUACGACAGCUGGUAUCUCCAAUUUCAAACUGUACCACCUAUACAAGAACUUCCUGAGUUUCCAUACAUGAGUACCCAUUUGAAAGACAUAUCCAAGUCUGCACACAGAGUUGCUUUUAAUAUCAGUCAUGCAAUCUCGAGAAAUAGCUUUUUCAUUGUCAACAGCUUGAUUAGAGACUGUACCGCCCUGAAAGAAGUCUUGAUUGUCAUUAAAAUCAACAACAGCCCAUCAAAUCGUAUAUCCUCUGGGAAUUUGGAGUUGUUGGAAUUAAAUAAAGACAAAUCUCUGGUCUACUACGAGAGAUAUCUUGGGGCUUUCAUCGAACUGUAUGACAUGGUAGAUAAUCAAAAUAUCUAUAAAGGGACAGCAAAGCAAAUUUAG